AUGGAUGUCACAGCUGGAUUACCCUCUGCCAAACCUGUUCAACUGGGUAACACUGGCAAAAUUGUUUUGCAGCCUCCACUAUCUCGCUGUGGGCAGGGACCAGGACUUAUUCUACUUCGGCCAGCAUCUUAUGCGGGAUACCAGCAACAAAAUACCAGCCUGGACCCUGAACCCCUCCAAAAAUGGGCCGAAGAAAGCUUUGCGGUAGCACAAAUCACUCUUGAUGUCGAUCUGAGUGGGGACAAGUCAGCUCUGCCACAUCUGAUACAAGAAGCUCAGGAUGGGCUGACAGCUCUAUCGGAGUGUACUCAGGAGCAGUUCGGGUUGAUAGUCUUCGGAUCCAAGACCGACUACGUAUCUCAGUUCGAGGCCAUCUUGCGUGAUAUGCUGGCCAAUAACGAGACCAUGAAGGUUGUUGCACUGCUUUCCUUCGAUUCCUGGAAUGUUACCGAUACACCACGUCUUGUCCACGCGUCAGGUUCCGACAAACUUCCACAGAGUGACUUACAGACACAAUAUCAUUACGCCGAUGCCUUAUCCCCAGGGUUCGUGAUCCCGGGCCAUCCCGACUUUCAAUAUGCAACAGCCGGAGUCUCCCAUACCCGCAGCCUCACAAACAUCUUGGGGGGGCCAAAUUUUGACCUCGAAAGGAUCUGGGAUGAGCACACUUACUUUGAAUUUGGCGAGAGGUCUGUUGAGAAGACCAUGGCGACGAUGGUGCAGGAGCCCUACGUGAACCAUGUCCCCACGCUGACAGGUGGUAUCGGUCGGGCUCGGUUAAGCCAUUUCUACCUUCAUCAUUUUAUUUUUAAUAACCCCGACGACACGGGUCUUGAUCUGGUUAGCCGAACCGUCGGUAUAGAUCGCGUGGUCGACGAAUUUAUUUUCAGCUUCACUCAUGUGAAACAAGUUGACUGGUUAAUUCCGGGUAUCCCGCCGACCGGCAAGCAUCUACGCAUUCCUUUUACCUCUGUAGUGAACAUCCGAGGGGACCGACUGUACCACGAGCACAUUGCCUGGGAUCAAGCGACGGUGCUCGUACAGUUAGGCCUGCUGCCUGAGUAUCUUCCUUUCCCGUAUCCACUGGCUGAUGGGACUCUUCCCGCACCUGGGAAGCGAUUCGAGUAUCGUGUGCCUGCGGCUGGAGGAGAGACUGCAGCUAAGUUGCAGAAUGGUGAUGAUGUGCCUUCGAACGAGAUGUUCGAAUACAAGAUCCGUGAGGUGGAUGAUCGUUGA